GAGCGUCCACAAAACCUCGGCUCCCCCUAUCUUUCCGGUUUUAGCUUCCCCCGGCGUACGGCGAGCGGGGAGAGAGAGGGAGGUCGCCGGCGAUGGCAGCAGGGACGAUCUCCCGCAUCCGGCUAGAGAACUUCAUGUGCCACUCCAGCCUCCACAUCGAGCUCGGGGAGCACGUCAACUUCAUCACCGGCCAGAACGGAAGCGGGAAAAGUGCCAUCCUCACAGCCCUAUGCGUCGCCUUCGGCUGCCGCGCCAAGAAUACCCAGCGCGCCGCAUCGCUCAAGGACUUCAUCAAGACCGGCUGCAGCUAUGCUUCCAUUCUUGUUGAUAUUAGUAACCACGGGGAAGAUGCAUUCAAGCCUGAAGUAUUCGGGAAUGUAAUCAUACUGGAACGCAGGAUUACUGAAUCAAGUAGUUCUACAGUUUUAAAGGAUCAACAUGGGAGGAAGGUGGCGCAUCGCAAAGAUGAUCUUGUCGAAAUAAUUGAGCAUUUUAAUAUUGAUGUUGAAAACCCUUGCGUAAUUAUGAGUCAAGACAAAAGCAGAGAAUUUUUACAUUCAGGAAAUGACAAGGAUAAGUUUAAGUUCUUUUUCAAGGCUACUCUUCUUCAACAAGUGAAUGACUUGCUUGGUUCAAUAAGAAAGAACCUAAAUGCUGCGGACUCUAUAGUUGAAGAGCUGGAAAGAUCGAUUAUGCCAGUGCUGAAGGAACUUGAUGAUAUUCAGGACAAAAUAAAGUAUAUGGAACAUAUUGAAGAAAUAGCACAUGAGAUUGAGAAUUUGAAGAAAAAGUUGGCCUGGGCAUGGGUUUAUGAUGUUGACAAAAAGAUUGGGGAACAAACAGAGAAGCUUGAGAAACUCAGAGAGCGUAUCCCUGCAUGCCAAGAACGAAUUGAUCGAAAUACAGCUAUCAUAGAGGAACUGAGUAAAGAAUUAAUUGUGAAGAAAGAGAAUGUUAGAUCUUUUCUGGAGAAGACUCAAGAAGUAAGGAGGAUGAAGGAAAAAAUGCAACACGAUAUUCAUGAGCAGUCAACCAAUAUGUCCAAAACAAUUGAGAAGAAGGUGGACUGCUCAUCAUCUUGCUUCUUUUCUUUGGCUGUGAAACUGAAGAUGGAUCUAGAGAAAGAGCAUGCACGUGGUAUGCAAGUGUUGAAUAAAAUGAAUACCCGUGUCAAACAACUUGAAGUGCAAGUUCAUGAAUUUCAGCUACAGCACAUGCAACAAACUCAGGCUGAAGUAUUUCAAGUUGAGGAUAGCAUACGGGAAUUGCAGCAGGAGAUCAAUUCUGCUAAUUUAAGUGCUACAAGGCUAAGUGAGGAAGAAAAGAAAUUAUCCGAAGAACUGCAUGACAUUAUUAAAAGCAUCAGUGACAUUGGAAAAGAGGUAGAUGAAGAUGGACGUAGGAUCAAUCAACUGAAAUCUCAAAUUGAGGAUCUCAGACGACGCCAACAUGAUAAGCUAACAGCAUUUGGAGGGGAUAGAGUUCAGAACCUCUAUAGAUCUAUAGAGAGGCACCAUAGUAGAUUUAAAUGCCCUCCUAUUGGUCCAAUAGGAUAUCAUGUGCAACUGGCUAGCGAUUGCUGGUCCCUUGCAGUUGAUUGCGCAUUAGGGAGGCUACUAGAUGCUUUCAUUGUCUCAUGUCAUAAGGAUUCACUCGUUUUACGAGAGUGCGCGAAAGAAGUAAAAUACCACAACCUUCAAAUUAUCAUAUAUGACUUUGCUAAACCACGACUUGACAUUCCAAAUCAUCUGCUUCCUUCAACAACACACCUGACAAUACUUUCAGUUAUCCAUUCGGAAAAUCCUACUAUACUGAAUGUAUUGGUGGAUCAGGGCCAUGCAGAGAGGCAGGUCCUAGUUCGAGAUUAUGAAGUGGGAAAGUCUGUUGCAUUUGAUAAGAGGAUACGAAAUCUGAAGGAAGUAUAUACUUCUGAUGGUUGCAAAAUGUUUUAUAGAGGUUCUGUUGAGACCAUUCUUCCUCCUAACAGAAAGUGGAGGGCUGGUCGUUUGUGCACUUCUCUAGGAGAAAAAAUAAUUGAAAUAGAGAAUGAAGCUGCUGAAAUUAAGAAAAUAAACUCUGAGAGGUUGGAUUGCAAAGGAAAAUUAGUUAUUGAUCGAGACAACAUCAAUUCAAAAUUAAGAUCGUUAAAGAGAAAAAGAGAAGAUGAGGAGCAGCAUCUGGAGCGUAAAAAGGUUCAGUUGGAUGACACCAAGAAAAUUUCUAUUGCCAAUAAGCAUGAUACUGCUGUGGAUACCUCUGAGCUAGAGGCUGAAAUGAUGCAAGUGAAGGAGGACAUUGGGAACAAAGAAUUAGUUCUGGAGAAAAUUAAUUUGAAACUUACAGAUGCUUUGCGAGAAGAGAAUGAUAAAAGAGCUUCUUACAAAGAUUUUAUUGAUAUUCUCUGCUUUCCUGUGGUAAAUUCUCUGCACAUACUAAAUGCAAAAUGCUUUACUCCAGAGUCUGCACAUGCUGAGAUGGGGUCUAUUAGCGAUGCUGAGCAUGAAUUGCAGCUCGUUGAAGAAAAAAUACAUGAUGCUCAGCAGGAUAAGGCUCAUUAUGAAGGUGUUAUGGAAAUGAAGGUUUUAGCUCCUAUUCAAAUGACUGAAUCGGAGUUAACAGAUCUUCAAAAGCUUCAUCAGGAAUACUUUGAAAAGGCUUCAAGAAUAUGUGCAGAGAGUGAAGUGGAAGCUUUGGGUGGUGUCGGAGGAUCCACCCUGGAACAAUUAAGUGAUUGUAUUAAUAAAUUGAAUCAGAAAUUUCAGCAAGAAAGCAGAAGAUAUACCAAGACCAUUGAUGAUCUGAGAGCAUUGCAUGACAAAAAGGGACGGAAAAUAUUGAGAAAACAACAAAUGUAUGAAGGUUUUAGGGGCAAAUUAAAUGCAUGUCAAAAGGCAUUGGACCUACGAUGGAGGAAGUUUCAGAGAAAUACUGGUCUUUUGAAGCGCCAGCUUACGUGGCUGUUCAACGAGCACUUGGGGAAGAAAGGUAUCAGUGGGCACAUCAAUGUUCAUUAUAAGAACGAAGUUCUAUCUGUUGAGCUGACAAUGCCUCAAGAUGCAUCUCGUGAUACUGUUAGAGAUACUAGAGGACUUUCAGGUGGAGAACGAUCUUUCUCAACCCUUUGCUUCACCCUAGCUCUUCAUGGAAUGACAGAAGCACCAUUUAGGGCCAUGGAUGAGUUUGAUGUAUUCAUGGAUGCGGUGAGCCGCAAAAUAAGCUUAGAUACCCUAGUAGAUUUUGCUGUGGCACAGGGGUCUCAGUGGAUAUUUAUAACCCCUCACGAUAUCAGCAUGGUGAAGGCUGGGGAUAGGAUCAAGAAGCAGCAAAUGGCUGCCCCUCGUGGUUGACUGGUCAGCACCCCGUGUAAAUGAGGCAUUGAGCAUUGUCAUUGACGUGGAGCGAAUCUGCUUCGAACUUCUUUUGAUACUUUGUUUAUACAUAGCUUAUUUGAAGUGUAAUCUUAUGCAAGGUUUGAUCAGGAGAGAUCGUCAUUGGGCGGCUCCAGUAUCUGCAGUGCUAUUUGAACGUGAUCUCAUGUGUAUGUCAUAUUUUCAAUGCUAACCAGUGCUUGAUGUCCUUGAAGAUCCUAGGCCUUAACAUGAAACAGCUGUUGUCGCAGAAUGGUCCAACAAGUUAGCCGCGAUUUAACUAGGACGAUCUCCCUAUGACCAUUAUCUCUAUGUAACCAAGAAUGGAAUAUUUUUUGGCAGUGACUUAGGUUCAUCUACUGCUGCUGGUCGGCUUAAAAAAAAAGGCAAGGUUCAGUUGUUGGAGCCUUCCCUCUUUUUUUU